UCCUCCCCUUUCUUUCCUCCAUCCUCCUUCCUUUCUCUCUCCUUUCCAUUCUCUCUCCUUUUCCUCCUCUCUUCUUUCCUUACUCCAUCCUUCUUUCUUUCCUUCCUUCUUUCCUCCAUCCUUUUUUACUUCCCUUUGCGUCCUUCCCUCUUCUUCCUUCCUCGACCCGAGGACAACAGGAGGGUUAACUUCGUCUACAAUGGUUGUGGAGGUAGAAAGCUUCUUUGGCGUGUACAUGCUGUACUGCACCAAUCCUAAAUACAAAGGCCGUAUUUAUAUCGGUUUCACUGUGAACCCUGAGCGGAGGAUCGGACAGCACAACGCUGGACGGCACAAAGGAGGAGCCAAGAGGACCAGCGGGAGAGGACCAUGGGAGAUGAUCUUCAUCAUACAUGGCUUUCCCUCAGAUAUUGCUGCCCUUCGGUUUGAGUGGGCGUGGCAGCACCCUCACUCCUCCAGGCGUCUCUCUCACGUCUCGCGGCGCCACAGGAAAGAGUCGAGCCUGCAGUUCCACUGGCGCGUCGUCUCCAAUAUGCUGCGAGUGGCGCCGUGGCACAGGUUGCCUCUGACGGCCCGCUGGCUCCAACAGGAGUACCGGAUGGACUUUGAGCCCAGUCUGCAGCCUCCACUACACAUGCCCAUCGCUUAUGGGACAGUAAGAGCCAAGAAGAAGCAGCAGCAGUCUGCAGGAGAGGAGGGGAAGACGUCCAGGUGUUGUCUCUGUAAAGAGCCGCUCAAGGCGUCAGAAAAGCUGAGCUGUUUGGACCCGUCCUGUAGGAUGAAGAGUCACGUGGUCUGCCUCGCUAAACGUUUCCUGAGGAAAGACUCGUCCCACCUGCUGCCAGUGGAGGGAGAAUGUCCCGUCUGUCAGCGCUCCGUGCUGUGGGGGACCCUCAUUUGCCUGAGUGGAGCUAUAAGGACCUGAUGUUUCAAUCCAUAUGAGCCAUUGGGCAGAUGAAUUGCAGAUAUUACGGAGUGGAGCCGGAAGAAAUGGACUUUUGCUUCCUUCUCCUCAACAGUGAUUAUGUGUAAUGAGGAACUUCACGAAGCUGUGCAGCAGAAAUGUUCAUGCUCACAGGCCCAAUGAUUUACUAAUUAUGUCCUGGUCAUGAAAUAUAAUGUAUGUUUAAUUUAUUCAAUAUUUGUGAAAAAGCUGUUUUUAACGCAUUUUGUGACAAAUAAAAGAAGCCUGUUUUGAAGUGUA